AUGGCCGGCGAAUCUACAAAUGCGAGGUCUGUGCGACCACCGCCCUUCACGCCCAAGAGACCACUGUCCGUCAGUGCGUUAAGCAGCGACAGUUCAACAGUGGGUAGAAUACCUCGGGCAACGACCCCGAGCAGUCUAGGGUCUGCCAGGAAAUACAAGUCGACGCUUUCAGUGGAAAGUCGAUCUCGCUUGUCUCAGAGGCCGCGUUCUGGUCUUUCUCCAGUGCCUGGUACCCCCACCAAAGCUUCUUCGUACGAUGCUUCGCGACCCAAGACGCCGUCAACCCCACGUUCACGGAGUAGAGGAGCGGAAAGCCCAUGCCCUGAUCUGCCAAGUGAGAUGGACGUUACCCAAGUAGAUCCAGAGGAAGUACUGGUGGACUACCAGACGGUUGAGGCUGGAGACAUCUCGGGCGAGAUAGACGAAGCACUGUUAACCAGGGACCACGGCGCGGAAGACAAAGUCAUGGUUUCAAUCAGAAUCCGGCCUUCGACCUCGCCAAUAGCUUGGGACAUUUCAGAGGCCCAGUCGAAAACUCUCAAACUAUUUCCCCAAUAUGCUAAAUCGACUAUGUCCUCACCACCCCAGUUCAAUUUCGACGAGAUUCUGACAGGUUCUGAGAACAAACCUGUCUAUAACGCCGUUGCUAGGAGUCAUGUUUGUGCGGCUAUGGAUGGGUAUAAUGCUAUAGUGUUUGCGUACGGACAGACUGCAAGUGGCAAAACGUUCACGCUGUCUGGCAAUGAGGAACAGCCUGGUAUAAUACCCCGGGCCAUGAAGGACGUGUUUGCUUUUAUCCGACGAACACCGACGCGGGAAUACCUCCUUCGCUGCUCCUACCUCGAAAUAUACAAUGAAACCAUCCACGACCUGCUGGCACCUCCAUCCUCGACGACUUCUCAUAUUGUGGAAAUCCAUGGCUCGGGGUCGAACGUAUGGUUAUCCCCACUCCGCGAGGAAGUCGUCACCAGCCUGAAGGGUGUGAAGGAGGUGCUGGAGAGGGGUAACGCGAACAGGCGGACGGCUACUACUGACUGGAAUGAGCGGAGUAGCCGGAGUCACAGCGUCUUUAGGCUUGUGAUCGAAAGUAGGGAGAGGGCUGACGCGAUGAGCUCCAGCGGAAGAUGUACGCCCGGUCCUCCUCGACCACCGACACCUGGUGGUCCCAGACUGCAGGCAUUAGGCGGGAAGAGCGUGCAGACCUCAGUCUUGAGUCUCAUUGACCUGGCGGGAUCAGAGAAGGCAACCUCAGACAAAGAAAGGACUAAAGAAGGGAAGUACAUCAAUCAAAGUCUCCUUACUCUCGGCACUGUCAUUGGGACCCUCGCCGAUAACGCGGCAAAGCACAAAACUGACUACGUGCCCUUCAGAAACUCGAAACUGACCCGUAUGCUGCAGCCCUCGCUGUCGGGGAAUGCGCGUAUAUCAGUGAUAUGCACUAUCAACCCUGACACGAACGCUGUGUCGGAAUCUACCAACACGCUUCUGUUUGCCCAAAGGAUCAAGAAAGUCCAGCUCAAUGCCCACAAGGGCGAAGUGAUGGAUACGGAGGCGCUGCUUGAGAGGUACCGUAUAGAGAUCGAAGACUUGAAGAAGAAACUUGCCGAGAGGGAAGCUGAGGCGCCGGCCAAAUCACGUCGUCUCUCUGCCCAGGAGAAAAUCGAGGAGUCCAAGGCGAUGAAGGAUUUGAAUUCACGUAUCCAGCAACUGACGAAGCUCAUCCUGACGAGUCAAACGGUUGAAGAAAGGGAGGCGUCGCGCCCUGGCAGUCCUGCCAAGGUCGACUUUGAUAUGACACCGUACCAAUUGCAGCAGGAGCUGCUGGCUGCAAGACGGGAGAUAGAGACGCAGUCAACACAAAUUCUAUCACUAGAGGCUGCGCUACUGGCACGGCCUGAACUCCCUCCUGACGCGCCUGAAGACUCUAAGGACAAGUUGAUAGCUGAGCAGGCCAAGACGAUCAGGGAGCUGGAGAUUGUCGUUGCUGGAUAUGAGGACAAUCUCGGCGAGCCGCUACGUGCGGUCCGGGAGGACGUCGAGCAGGAGUGGAGCGUCAAGCUCGAGAAGGAGGUCAAACUUAGGAAGGAAAAGGAGGCAUGGGCGGAGGAGCUUGUCAGGCAGCUUGAGAAAGAGCGCAAGAUGAGGACUAAACUGGAGGAACAACGGCGAGCCUUGGCGGCCUUUGUCAGCAAGUUCGACGCCUUGGGAUUAGGUGGCGACUUGGCAGUCCCCUCUCUUCCCAAGCCUCCGAUGCCGGCGCCUGGAGGCGCUCACCAGAUAUUUGCAGAGCGACAGCGGAACAAAUCGACUUCUUUCGGGCUCAGCUCGGACUUCAGCUCAAACGCUGCCGACUCCCCAGUGAAGAUUGAGCUCAUCCACGUCAAGGGUCAGCCAAGUCUGCUGGAACAGAUGCCUGAAGAGGACCCUUGGAACGAUGUUAGCUUCGAGAUGGAGCCUGGUCAUGAUCUCCUUGGAGAGAAGGAGAACGUACCCGCGUAA